AGCCGCGCACCUGGCGCCCAAUCGGGCACCACACUCAACGAUGUCAUUAAUAAGCCGUUAGACGCUAAUUUGCUCUUCGAGACCGUGGCAUCUGUAGUUGUAUUUCAAUUUGAUGGUAGCGCCACUAUACCGACAGCGGUCGGCAAAACUGAUAGCGAGCAUUUGAGUGCGUUGGAGAACAGUAGCAAGGCGUUGGAGAAGAGUGGAAAUGCUUCAUAUUUUGAUCGCUUAAAUUCGUGGUUGGGACAGAUUCUACAACGCGACUGCCCUAAUUUUGAUUUCGAAAUCAUUGAGCAUCCCACACAAGGCACUUGCAUACGCUAUUGCCCGCUGGAAUUGGGAUUGGGCGAGCAGCCACCAACAUCGGAAAAUUUGGAAAGUUUCGCACAGAAUCUCGAAGGCAAUGUGGAUAUUUUACGUGCUACUAUUAAACAUAAAGCAACAUUUAUACAAUUAGUUGAGAAAAGCGAUGUGCUACGUCUGGUCAAUCUGCCUGAAUGGGCGGGUAUGGGUGGUGUACGUUUUGUGCCCGAAGGUUGGGAAUCACUGCUGACCGAUCAAGCCAAAACGGAGUUAAAUAAGCUAAACGCGGAUCUCGUUGAUGCUUUGAAGUCAACCGAUAAUGCCUUCUCGCUGGGCGAGGGCACAGAUGGACUAAUCUGUGUGCGCUUUGGCAUGGUCACACAUGAAACGGAUGUCGACGAGUUGCUCGAUUUGGUCGUUUCGGUGGGUAAAAGUGUGCAGGAAAAUUCAAGGGUGUUGGAUACAAUGUCGGAAAUAGUGAAAAAGGGCAUCGAAGCUGCCACAGCCGAUUUGCAGCGUGAAACGGAGGAAAAAAUGUGGCAAGAGGGCAUCUUACGUCAUGUACCAGUUGUAGGCCGCGUCUUCAAUUGGUGGUCACCGCCUGCCAAGGAGACUGGUGGCAUCAAAGGACGUAGUCUCAAUCUAACACAAGGUGUUGUCGAAAGCACAGAAAAUAUUUACAGAUAUCACAUGCAAAUGUCUGGCUCGCCACACCAAGCUGGACGUUCGCCACCCACGCCCAUGGUACAAACGCCUGUAAUCUCUGCUGCCAAUGCAGUGCCCCCUGUUUUUCCCGAUCCAACAUCACAAGUGCAAACAUCACCAGUACAAGAACAACAACAACAACAGCAGCAGCAGCAAACGCAACAGCCAAAUGCGAAUAAUGUCGAUGAAGGCUGUAAUAGUCAUGCGCGCAAUACAAGCCAGAGUAGUGGUCAAUCUUCGGUGCCUGAACUGGUACCAGUCAAUGUGAAUGCGAUUGCGAAUACAAAUACAAUAAAUAAUGGAAAGUAAUUCAAUAGUAAUUAGAUAUGUAUAUUGUGAAUUACAAGUACUUUAAUGUAAUGCAAUGAUAUCAAGCCUUGUUUUCAGCUAAGAAAACGGCGUAUUAUUUUAAAAUAUCUUGGAGCUUGAAUAUGCGUCAGGCUCACUUCAAGUUUAAAAGUGUUUAUUAACGUCGCAAGCUUCUCUUAGUUAUUACAUAGAGAUAGAAGGAGUAGAACAUAAUAGAAAGCAUUUUUGUAUUUUUGGCAAAAUUGUGCAGUAGUAAGAAAAAUACACAAAACAAAUGCAUUGAAGAGCAACGAACUUCCGGAAAUGAUCAACAAAAAAACUAAACCCACAAAUAAACAAAUGUUAAAAAGUAAUAAUGUGCAAUUAUUUAAGAUCAUUUUUGUGUUAACCAAAGUUCGGUAGCCUGAUUGUAGCGCGUAUGUUAAUUGACGGGUUACAAAAUCGGUAAAUCGCGGAAUUCCCGAAUGUAUUAUUUAUCAAUAUUUUUAUGUAUGAACAUAUGUAUGUACAUUUUAUUUAUAGAUACAUACAUUUUAUCACUUGUAUUAAUUUACGUGUACCAUACUUUAAUUUCGUUAUGGAAUUUAAUUUACAAAAACCCAAAAAACAAACAAGCCAGCCAGCAGCUGCAGUUCUAUUGACCACUGAAUAAAGAAAUGCGUCUCAAGCAACUGGCGCACAAUUUUUUCUCUAACGAAAAGUACAUAAAAUCAUUCCUUUAAUUUUUAUUU